UCCUGUGAGGAGGAGGCGGAGGCGGCUGCAAGGAGCCGAGGCGGCGGCGGCGGCCGCUAAUGGAGUUGCUGCCGGGGAGGGAGCGUUGCCGCUGAACUUCCCCGCGGGCUUUCUCCCUCCUCUCCCCCGCGUCCUGCGGCUUGGGGCUCCUCUCUCGCCCUAGCAGCUCCUCUUCCCCUCCCUCCCCGCUCCUCUCUUCGCAUAAACAGCCGUGACGCAUCCUCUCUCUCCUCCGUCCCCCCCCUUCCCACCCCCAGGCUGGUUUAAAACGCCUCCCUCCCCCCGUCACCAGCCUUCUCCUCGGGGCCGGCUCGUCCUCCCUCCGCAGUGCUCGGCGUCGCUUUGGAGGGGGUGGGAGAACCCAGUUGAGCCGUUCUGCUCCCCCCCCUUUCUCCCUUCCCCCCUCCUCCCCGCCAGCCCCGGCCUGUGGCGGCUCCGGUGUCUGGAGGAAUUUCUGCGGCCGCCUGCCCCGGCUGGGCGCGGGAGGCGGGCGGGCAGGGAGGCGGCCGAACAGCAGCAGCAGCAGCAGGAGGUGGAGGAAGAGGAGGAGGAAGAAGGAGAAAAAGAAGAAGAAGAGGUGGAGGAGGGCAGCAGCAGCGAAGGCGGCUGCAGCGGGAGAUGAGCUGCAGCGGGAGGACGGUGCGGCGCAGCUUUUUGCGGCGAGGAGCCCUCCCUUGUCUCCAGCACUCUGUUCCCGUUUAACUGGGAGCAGUUCAAGAGCAGAAGAUCCGUGGUUGUUGCAGCUGUGUUCACCACCACCUUCAUCAUCAUCAUCUCUAAAGACAGGGGGAAAUACGCUCCAGCGCCGGACCAUAGGAUUUCGUGUUUCCAGGAUAAAGAUCGCUGUCGUCCCCCUCCUCCCCUUCUUUCCCCCCUCCUUCUCCCUCACUUCACAACGCUGCCCGUGCCCUGGCAGGGGAGGGCAGACCGGGGGGGUAACAAUGGUGAAGUUUCUGGUGAGUUCUGCCUGCGCCCUGGCUGCGUCGGUGCUGCUCCGUCUCCCUGUCGGAUCGCGGUGAGGAGAAAAUGAGCGAAGAGACGGCGACUUCUAACAACGAUAAUAGUUAUGCACGAGUGCGAGCUGUGGUGAUGACCCGGGAUGACUCAAGUGGUGGAUGGUUACCACUUGGAGGGGGUGGACUAAGCUGUGUCACAGUCUUCAAAGUCAUUCCCCAGGAAGAGAAUAGCUGUGCUGAUUUUCUUAUCCAUGGAGAACGACUCAGGGAUAAAACGGUGGUCUUGGAAUGCACAUUAAAGAAGGACCUCGUUUACAACAAAGUUACUCCUACUUUUUACCACUGGAAGAUUGAUGACAAAAAGUUUGGCCUCACUUUUCAAAGUCCUGCUGAUGCAAGAGCAUUUGACAGAGGUAUUCGGAGAGCAGUAGAGGAUAUUUCUCAAGGUUAUCCACCCUCCCAAAAUGAUGUUGAAGUGGCAGAAGACUGCUUUCAAACUACUCAAGAAAAUACAUCAGGUUCAUUAAUGAAAGAUCACCUUUUCCAACAUGAAACUGUAGUAACCAGUGAACCUUACAACAGUGCAAAUUUAAGGCCUUCAACAUUUGAGGAUUUCAACACCAGGAGAGCCUGUUUUCCUAACCAACCUAAUCAGGUGCCACUGAAGUCAAUCAGACAUGUUAGUUUUCAGGACGAAGAUGAAAUUGUUAGAAUAAACCCUCGUGACAUUUUGAUACGGCGUUAUGCAGACUACAGACAUCCUGACAUGUGGAAGAACGACCUGGAGAGGGAUGACACAGACUCAAAUGUACCAUUUUCUAAAUCAGACAGUAAAAAAUCUGACUAUUUAUACCCGUGUGGGGACGGAACUAAGUUGAAUUCCCUGAAAGACUCCAAGAGUUCUGUGGUAUUUAAAACUCAGCCUUCCACAUCAAAAUUUAAAAACUCAAAAAGAAGAAAAGAGGAUGGUGAGCGUUCCCGCUGUAUAUACUGCCAGGAAAGGUUUAAUCAUGAAGAUAAUGGCAGAGGCAAAUGUCAAGAUGCUCCAGAUCCUAUUAAAAGAUGUAUCUACCAAGUUAGUUGCAUGCUUUGUGCAGAGAGCAUGCUGUAUCACUGCAUGUCAGACUCUGAAGGAGAUUUCUCUGAUCCUUGCUCGUGUGACACUAAUGAUGACAAGUUCUGCUUGCGCUGGUUAGCACUGGUGGCCCUCUCCUUCAUUGCUCCGUGUAUGUGCUGCUACCUCCCCUUGAGAGCAUGCCAUCACUGUGGUGAGGUAUGUGGGUGCUGUGGAGGAAAGCAUAAAGCUGCAGGAUGAAGCAGUCUGGUGCCAAACAGAGCUGAAAAAUCUUUGUUUCCAGGAAGCAUCUAACUUGGAUUUGUGGAAGCUUUUUGGCAAGCUGGAGGAAAUCUUCUUUCAUCUGCGAGAUGCUUGAUGUGGAGGAAGCAACAAGACUUGUCAGACCUUGGCAUUUUACAAGUGCUAGCCAUGCCUAACCAUUUCCUUUCAGAGCGUGGCAUUUGUUGCAAGUUGUGAAGGAGAUUUUGCAAAGGAAAAGCCUAUUCUUAUUAUUGGCUAUAAAAUGAGUAUAUAAACUAUGAUUAUACUAAAAGGGAUUAACUUUUGCCACUUUGUACAUUCAUGGUUUAGGUGAGGGGGCUCUUUUAAAAGGAUUAAAACUUACCUGAGGGGAAAUUUUAACUAAAAGUGCACUAGUGACAGUUGAUUUAAGAUUAAGAAAAGUUAAUACUCGACAAAUGAGAAAUGAAACUGAUUUUAAGUGCAACUAAAUCACUUAUUAAUAGUUUUUUGGAAGCGACUUUAUGUAUAAAUAACAAAUGUUUAUAUUUAACUAAAUGUGUAAGGUACGAAUUAUUACAUGUUAAACUUUCCUUCCCUCUGGUAUAGUAGGUAUGGACCAUAUCUACUGUCACAUUCCAUGGUAGUAUUUUAAAUAUUUAAUUAGUUAAUUUAGUCACAUUUUUAUUCCAGGUGAACAAAUUGAUAUUUUCAGUCCUGUUUCCCUUCAGCUACAGUUUGUGUUGAGUUGUAUCCAUACAUUCUGAUAAUCUAAAAACCUUUAAAAUAUUAAUUAUUCUAGUCUUGAGUGACCAAUAUUUUUUUUGUUAAGCACAGAUGUAAUUGUCUAAAAUGUUCUUGUUAGAACAUAACAUUUAUUUUUAUAUAUAAAUGACUUUGAUUUCAACAUAAUAGCAAAAAGGAAGUUGUUUCUGUUGCUCAACCAGCAAGUUGUUUUCUUUUGGGGUGUCCUCCAAAAAUACUUUAUUGCAUAUUCAGAUGUUCAUUAAGCAAAAGGGUACAUUAAGGCAGUUGUAACAAAUUGUCAUCAGUGUUCUUGUUUAUCCUUCUGUUAAACUAGGAUCCUGUUCAGCUGUUUAUCAAGUACUAUGAUUAAAACAAAAGAUUAAUAACAAAAGUGAAAUUGUUUUCAUUAUUUUAAACUACAACUUUCUCUUAUUUGAAUGAGCAGGAACAAAAGUACUGUGUGUUUGGUUCACAAACAGCAACAAAAGACUUAGCUUGAGAAAUGACAGCGCAGGCAAAGUUGGAGUGAACUUCUUAACUGAGGAGACUUGGAGGGAGGAUGGGAAGGGAGGGAGAGAGAGGGUGUAUGUAUGUGUAUGUGUGGUGGUAUAUUGUGAAUGAUAUGUGUUAUGGCUUUGUGCUUGCAAAGUGUUUAACUUUCAGAUAAGAAUUAACUGUGAUUAACCCAUAGAGUUUGGGUUUUUUUAAAACAUUACAAGCUUUGCUCUGCCACAAGGUAAAAAACAUUUACCUCUCAUUAAAAGUAUGUAAAACACUAAAACCAGUCCUCAUUUGUUAGUUGAAGGCACCUAUUUGAUAUCCUGGCUGGAGUGGGACAGACUGUCCUUGGUAUACCCUUGUUAUUAAACAAACAGAAAACCUAAACAUUACUUACUUUUCUCAUCUCCUAUGAAUUUCUUUGAUAUAUUUUUUGUGAUUUUUCUUUCUGUGUAUCGGUGCCCUUAAUUUUCCUUUGUAGCCCAGGAAUAACAUGAGCAAAUGUAUAUAAGAUUGUCUGUAAAAUACUUUUAAAAAGAAAACAUUUAUAUUUAUAUUACAGCUUGAAUUGACCAUCUUGUGUACAUAGAUCAUCUCAAAGUAUUAUUUCACAUUGAAAAGAAGACAAAUAUAUUGAUAAUUGUAGAAGUUACGGAAGAGCUUCUAGUUUUGUAUUUAGAGUUGAUUGGAUUAAUUAAGUCCAAGAAUAUGACUUUAGCAGCAGUCUUGGGUUUUACUGUUUAUGUAUUUGAAAACUGCUACUCUGAUUGAUUUUCAUGCUUCACACAUUUUCAGCUAAGCUUGGUUGCCUAGAUUAGACUGUUAACUUUAAAACAAGUUUGAUUAAAAAUGGCAGUGUUUUUCUAGUGAAUGAGAGAAAUUUAGUAUUUGUAAGUGCUAGGUUCCUAAGUCAAGGUGAAGAGAGGUAUGAACAACCUAAGAAAAUAACUUGCUGGCUGCUUAGGAAAAAUGCUAUAGAAUCAUACUGUAAAUAUACUUCAGAAAGAAAUCAGUUUAACAGUUUCCUCUGAGCACUAUACAACAUAGUGAAACUCCUGGUCUUGUACUGUACUCCAUAUGAAACUCAUAUGCUUUAAUAUUUUUAUUGAAUGUGUGCAUUAAUGCUCUCACCUUGCAUUUAACCACUUUGCUGCUAAGACGUUUUCACCUUCUGCUUUCCUCUUUGAAGACCUGAUCCAUCUAUAAAGGGGUUACUGAGCUGGCUACGUUCACUUUUUCUCUGUGUGCUGGAAGUGUCAGCUGCCUGCCCAGUUCGAAAGCGACAGGAAGAGCUGCCAAGAUGUGUGGUUGGUUACCUAAGGGCUGGCUUUAGUGGGAUGCACACCUACUUUUUCUUCUGGUGUAAGGGAUCUUACCCACUGCUCAGUUAGGAGAUGAGUGGAAGGUGGACGUGCAGCAAACCCAUUCCACAAGGAGCUGUUACAUUUUUGGGUUUGACAGCACAUAAACAUUUUUUCUGUCUCUUCUGAGAUACUUUCUUAAGCAUUUGGGAACAGGUAAAUUUCUUCCCCAAUCCUUACACCUCCCCUUGCCCUUAACAUCAGAACUGUUGUUUGUCAGGCAUGUAGUAGCAGAACUUUGUCUUGCUUGAGACCAUCAUUAAAUACUAAGUCCCUGUCUUGUUGAAAGACUUUGGUUACCGUGAAAAUUAAGUAUUCUUGAAGUGGGGGAAGUUCAAUGACUGUAGCACUCGUGCACCAUCUACUGGGGGAAAAACAUUCAGCUGCAUUCUGGCAUACUUGAUUGCGUACGAAUUUAACAGGCUAUCCGUGCACUACUUAAGCUACAAAAAUAUGUUAAGCUUUAGUUAUGAAUUUAAAAAAUAGUAAUUUGGACUCUUACUGUGAUGCUUUAUCUCAUCGUGCUUCUUAUGUUUCAUUAUUAAUAUUGACUGAAAGUAAAAAUGCUUUAACCGUCUGGCUUGUUAGGUUUAAAAUAGUUCUGAUGGGUUGUUACACAAGAGCAUAAAUAUCAGGAAUGAAAUAAAAAUUUUAUUUUUUUUUCCACUGGGGUCACAAGAAAGGUUUGUAUUAUUAUUAUUGCUUAUAAUUGCUUUCCCUGGAAGUUCAUUCCUGCAGCAAAGUGAUGGUGUUUUGCAGUUCAUGCAGCGCGAAUCUGGGCUUUUGGUUUGUGAUAAGAACAGUCUGCAGUGUGCACAGGUGGCUCUGGGCACUUGUAUAUGUGAUUCUGUAAUUGUGAAGGGUAUGUCCACAGCUGUGGGCAAGAUUAAAGCAAUAUUCUGAUAAAAAUCUAUGAUUACUAUGGUAACUGUUCAGUAAACAGCAGCAAAUAAUGGCAUAAAGAUCUGACGCUUUUCCGUAGCUUCAGUAAAGGAUUUUCCAAACAGUCUUAGCCAAUGCAGUUUCCUCUAAAAAAACAGGAGUAUUUUGGAGAUUGUCAUAAUUUUGCAUGUUGAAAUAUAACGUUCCCAUUUCAGAUGUGUUCUCUUCAAAAUAAUCUGUUCAUGUGUACCUGGAGGAUAAUGUUGGAACUCCUGUGUAAAUAAUGCAGAGGUUUAAAUGAGACUUUAAAUCUUUUCAGAGCUUAUGGCACAGGAUGGAGCCAGUACAGAGAAAUGUUAGUACUGAGAAGAUCAAGGGUACUGGCUGAUAACAAAAUAACUUCUAAAAGAUGCCUUAUGGUACUGUUAGCCCAGCAGUGGGAGGAUACAACUUCCAUUUCUUUUUUGGUGCACUGAUAAAUACAAGGAGGGGUUGGGGGUGUUGGUUUGGGUUGGGUUGGUUUUGUUGUGGGUUUGUUGUUUUGUUCUUUUGUUGGUUUGGGGUCUUUUUUUCUGAAAGCUUCUCUUUCUUAGUUGCAAAAGUUAUGGUUCAUUUAAGAAAUCAAGCUCUUUGGUGAAGAAGAAGCCCUCAUGUUCAGAGCUGCAGUAUGAGCUGUACAUAGUUUGCCUUCUUUCGCUUGGUGCCAUUUGCUUUCCACCCUAAUGACCUCAAAGUGCCUCAUGUGUGUAUUGUUUCCAUUAAAACUCAACUGCUAUUUCUUUCUACUAAAUUAUGUAUAAUUUACUUAACUCAUCCCAUUGGUGUUUACUUUAUGAAUAUGAAACUUGUUACUUUGAGUAUAUAAUGUAAAUAUGCCUUUAAGUUUGUAACUGGCUUGUUACAUCAUAUCCUUGUAAGUUGACAUAGCAGAUAACACCAUAAAAAUUGUUUAAAUGUUUUUUUCCUGUAAUUAUUGAUUAAAACUCUCAAAAUGCAAAACUGACAUGUUUUUCCAUUUUGUGUUGGGAUUACUCACAAAAGAGUGUAUGAAAUUAAAUGCUGCUGUCCAAGUAGAAUAAAAGAUGCAAAUACAG